GUUUGAGUGUCUAGUUUAUUUUUUGCAGGGCUAUUUUCUGCUUUGCUUCAGUCCAGAGACAUUUUAGGUAUUUUAUUUCACUGUAAACAUUGUUUGGAAUAUGAACCCCGUGAGUUAAAAUGCUUACCCAGAGCUCGAACACGCCCACACGCGCUUAAUUGCAUUUUUUACUGUACAUUUGGGAACUUCUUAUUUUUGUCUUCCAUGCCAGACACAAACAUCAGCAGAAAAGGGCUCUGCGUGUUUGUGGGACAGAGAGACAGUUCACAUGUGAAGUGAAAUCAAAUAUUCAUUGAAGCCAGAAUUCAUCUCGUGUUUGGCUAGAUCCAUUUCCCCUGCUUUACCCAGAAUAGGACAAGCCCCAUUUGGAUUAUAUUUUCCUUUGUUACCCCGGAGACUGCAGAUCUUGUGUGUUUUCUGCUGUAGCUGAACCACAAGUAAGCCGCACGCGGCUGCAGCACUGGCACUCAUAUAUUUUUGAUGUCUUCUUAAUGGCAAAGCACGCUUCAUCCUGAUUUAUGAUCAAGCCCCCAAACCAUUACCACUCACUGCAGAAUCCCAUCCCCUCUGCCUCUGCUGCGCUGCUAAUUCUACAAAAGCAGUUGCUUUGUUAAGUAUUUACACUUUUUGAUACUUCAAAACAAAGUGACCCAGAGCUGUCCACGUGCCCGAGCCAUAAAUGGAGGCACCCAUCUAUGCCACAGGUAUGGCCGCUCGUCUCCGGAACCAGUGGGACCGGAGUGAGGGGCUGGGGCAGAACCACAACGCCGUGAAGCUGUUGGGGCAGGACUUUGAGUCUCUCCGAUCCCAAUGCCUCCGGAGCGGGAAGCUGUUUGAGGACACCUUCUUCCCAGCGACAAGCUCCUCUCUGGGCUUCAACGAGCUCGGGCCCAGAUCAGCCAAGACCCAGGGAGUGCGCUGGAUGAGACCCACUGAGCUCUGCAGAAACCCUGAGUUUAUAGUGGACGGAGCGACACGCACAGACAUCUGUCAGGGAGCUCUGGGUGACUGCUGGCUGCUGGCCGCUAUCGCCUCUCUCACUUUGAACGAUGAGCUGCUGCACAGAGUCGUCCCACACGGUCAGGAUUUCAGCAAUGGAUACGCCGGCAUCUUCCAUUUCCAGUUCUGGCAGUUCGGCGAGUGGGUGGACGUGGUGAUCGAUGACCGUCUCCCUGUGAAAGACGGAAAGCUGUUGUUCGUGCACUCGGCUGAAGGCACUGAGUUCUGGAGCGCUCUGCUGGAGAAGGGCUAUGCAAAGUUGAAUGGAUGUUACGAGGCUCUCUCCGGGGGCAGUACUUCAGAGGGGUUUGAGGAUUUCACUGGAGGAGUGACUGAGAUGUACGAGCUCAACAAACCUCCCUCUGACCUGUACAGCAUCAUCAGCCGCGCCGUGGAGAGGGGCUCCCUGCUCGGCUGCUCCAUCGAUAUCACCAACACCAGAGACAUGGAGGCCGUCACAUUUAAGAAGCUGGUGAAGGGCCACGCCUACUCUGUGACCGGAGUGGACGAGGUGGUGUACAGAGGAAACAUGACUAAACUGGUUCGCAUCAGAAACCCCUGGGGUGAAGUGGAGUGGACCGGAGCCUGGAGUGACAAUUCAAGAGAGUGGGACAAUGUGGAUCGCUCUGUCAGGAGUCGUCUACAAAACCGCAGUGAAGAUGGAGAAUUUUGGAUGUCUUUCAGUGACUUCUUGCGUGAGUUCAGUCGUCUGGAGAUCUGUAACCUGACUGCAGACGCACUUCAGAACACCCAGAUCAAGAAGUGGAGCUCAAAUCUGUUCCAGGGCGAGUGGAGGAGGGGCAGCACGGCCGGGGGCUGCAGGAACUACCCCGCGACAUUUUGGUUAAACCCACAGUUUAAGAUCCAGCUGCAGCACCCAGACAGCCCUGGGAGCUCUGACUGCAGUUUUGUGGCCGCUCUGAUGCAAAAAGACCGGAGGAAGAAGAGGAGGGAGGGCAAAGACAUGGAGACUAUUGGUUUUGCUGUCUAUGAGAUUCCACGAGAGUUUGUGGGUAAGUCGGGGGUGCACUUGAAACGUGACUUCUUCUUGACCCACGCCUCCAGCGCUCGCUCGGAGCUCUUCAUAAACCUGAGAGAGGUGAGCUCCAGACUGAAGCUGCCGGCCGGAGAGUACAUCAUCGUCCCUUCCACUUUUGAACCACACAAGGAGGCCGACUUCGUGCUCCGUGUCUUCUCAGAGAAACCGGCUGGUACCGAGGAAAUGGAUGACGACAUUAAAGCAGAGAUCCCUGCAGAUAAUUAUCUUGAUGAAAGCCAGAUUGACGCAGGCUUUAAGAGCUUGUUCAGACAGCUGGCAGGAGCGGACAUGGAAAUCAGUGUUUCAGAGCUGCAGACUAUUCUUAACCGAAUCAUCAGCAAACACAAAGACUUGAAAACAGACGGCUUCACAAAAGAGUCUUGUCGCAGUAUGAUCAACCUUAUGGAUAAAGACGGCAGUGGAAAACUAGGUCUAUCUGAGUUCCACGUCCUUUGGGAGAAGAUUAAACGAUACUUGACUAUUUUCAGGGAGUUUGACUGUGACAAAUCAGGCACAAUGAGCUCCUAUGAAAUGAGGAAAGCCCUGGCAAACGCAGGAUUUAACUUGAACAAUCAUCUUUUCCAACUCAUCAUCCUGCGGUACACUGAGGCAGACAUGACUGUUGACUUUGAUAACUUCGUCACAUGUUUGGUUCGACUGGAAACCAUGUACAAGACCUUUCAGACAUUGGACACGGAUAAAGACAAUGUUAUAAAGCUAGAUUUUGUUCAGUGGAUAAUGCUGACCAUGUUUGCAUAGACCUGAAUGGAGCCCAGUGACUGCAGUGUCAUUUACAGAAGUGCCUUUUCCAGCUCCAGGGCCACUGCUCGCCAUGACAACCAAAACAACAAGAUCUACGAGCAGUGCCUCUCGUAUACGUGCCAAAAUGUACAAAAACGAAGACAAUGCAAAACAACCAUCUUAAUAAAGUUAAAAUUGUAGUCUACGUUAUACCAAGUCUAGAGAAAAGAUUUGUCAAGUAUAUUCAGCUUAAAGAUUCACUCUGUAACUUUUUCUGGUGGAGGGUCAGCCACCUGGUUACCUCCAUGGAGAUUUGUUCCACAGUAUUGCAUUGGUGUAUUAAAUUAAUCAUGCAUUCAUUAGUCAAAAUUGCUCAUAAAUUUCAAGAAAAACGAUCUUACUUUGAGCCUGGUCACCUCUCCACAAACCUGACCUAUAACUCGGUCCACUGGCACCUGUUUCCAUGGAGAUAGAUAAGUUAGUUAAUGACAUACUGUCAUUGCCUUAUUGGACAUUAUACUUGUGUGAAAGUGGACCGUUCUCCAGAAAUGUUACAUGGUGAACCUUUCAAAAAUAUCAUAAAAAAAAUUGGGUCUAAAAUCGACAUUGGCUUUACUGAUUCUAGCACUUUUAACUAAUUUAAGAUCUGUAAUUUUUCCAUUAAGCCACCAAAUAUACACUUAAAUAUCAAAACUUAUUGCCAAAAUCUUUGCUAUCAUAGUUUGAGAUGCCGUAUUAGACUAAAAAUCAUAUCCUCAUGUAUUUAAAAGUGUAAAGAGAGUAUACAAUAUAGAAAGUGCUUAUUAGAAAAGAAAAUAUGUUUACAGAAACAACAAGCAAAAUGAAAUGCCUAUAUCAAGACAUGUGUCAUUUUCAGCAUUGCACUUUCAUUUGUUUGGAUUCUUUUAAAUGAAAAUAAAUGAUUUGUUUGCCUUAUUGCCUCUUUUAGCUGCCAAACAACCAUUUAGUAUUUUUAAAGACAACAGAGUAAAAUAGAUUUGUUAUUAGACUGAUCUGACCGCAAAUGUUAACACAUCAAAUAUAUGCACUAUGUAACUUGCUUUUCUCAAUGGAGAUGUUAUAGCUUUUCCAGUAAUGUUCCACAGUAUGGCAUUAAACUUAUCUCUCCAUUGAGAUCAAACAGGUGACAGUCCCUCCAUCUUUUAAUCUUGUAUUAUUUGUAUUUCCUCACUGUACGUUUUAUAUAGACAUUCAGCACUGUCUGUAAAAUUGCUGCAAAAGUUUGACUCAAUAAUUUUCAGAUUCUGAUGUCAAAGCGAGUACUGUAUUUAAGAACGACAUCUAGUGCUAAUUUGAAUGUCAAAAUCUUGCCUUUGUAGCGGCACUGCUGGUCUGGCAACAACAAUGUAAAAUGCUGCGAUCUGAUAGCUGUACAUGUUAUGUCAAAUCAAAUGUACUUCUUAAAUGUCUCUUAUGCAUGGCACUUUUAUGGCCAAAAUACAAACUUUUAAAAUCAUGGACGAAAAAAAGGGAUGUGUCAGCGUUGUAUAAUCAUGUCUAUGUGAAGGGAUCAAGUAAUUUUGGGUGAAGGUUUGACCAUUGUUUAAACUGUAUGCAUGUGAUCUGCCUGCUUCAUUUAACUUGGGAGCAAAGUGUGAAUUCAAAGUGUUUGAUUUUUAAAUAUUAUGCCACGUAUCAUGACACCAACCGGCCUUAACAUUAUGACCACCGACACGUGAAGUUAAUGAGUUAAGUUGUCACGGUGAUACCAAUGUGAGUAGAAAGUAUAUAAAUUGAAUCAUUGUGUUAUUUUGGAAAGCCUUUGAAAUAAAUCAUCUCAAUUCCGAUUAAUUGAUCUUGUCUCGGUGUACGAGGACUGGCUGCAGGUACUGGGGUUCAGAUCAGAGUUCUUUUUGUUUAAGAAACUGGCAACCCAAAUGAGAGACUUGUGUGAGGCUCAUUCUGUUUUCUGAUUGGAAUGAAAACACAAUUUUUUAACGUAAACAUCUUGGAUAUGUCAGAUAUUUUCAUGAUGAAUAAAUCAGCAUUACAAUUUUUACAGAGAGCUAUAUUUGAUUUUUGUAUCUAGGGACAGUUAGAUUGUGUUUAUCGACUUUAAAAUAAAAAUUGUUCAAACAGUUCCUCUAAACAUGUAAUUCAAAAGUGAAACCUGAAAUUCUGGACUGGGUUUAGUGAAUUUUGAUCACGACCCUGGCUGCAUAUUUUAGAGGUGGUUAUAAUGUUCUGCCUGAUGGUGUUUUUUAACAAAAGGCAACAAUGAAUAAAAAUAAAUAAUAAAACACAUUAUCAAUCAAUGUUCAUCUGCAAGUGUUAACAGAUUUUUUUUUUUUACCAAUUACUUAUUUUGUAAAUACCAAAUUUGAGUUUAAAAUUUAGAAACUGCCAGGUUUUUAUUAUGCCUGUGUCGGAAAAUGCCAGCAUUAUGUUUUGCCUUUUAAUUUUUAGCAACUGUUUACAGUUAGAAACCGUUUCUUUUAUGUAACACAUUGAGUUCUUAAAUGCUUUGACAAUAAAAUUUGUUUGAACCGUAA